AUGUUCCCCAUACCCGCCAUGUUCCCCAUACCCGCCAUGUUCCCCAUACCCGCCAUGUUCCCCAUACCCGCCAUGUUCCGCAUACCCGCCAUGUUCCCCAUACCCGCCAUGUUCCCCAUACCCACCAUGUUCCCCAUACCCGCCAUGUUCCCCAUACCCGCCAUGUUCCCCAUACCCGCCAUGUUCCCCAUACCCGCCAUGUUUCCCAUGCGCCAACCCCCUUUCCCCUUGCACUCCCCCCAUGCCACCCACACCCGCCCCUCCAUCUUCCCCAUUCACUGCGUCACUGCCCCCCUCACCCCUAUGCCUGUCAGCAUGUCUCUUCUCUGCAAGCCCCUCCCCCCCAUGCCCCUUCCCCCCAUGCCCCUUCCCCCCAUGCCCCUUCCCCCCAUGCCCCUUCCCCCCAUGCCCCUUCCCCCCAUGUCCCUCCCCACCAUGCCCCUCCCCAUGCCCCUCCCACCAAUUCCCCUCCCCCCAAUGCCACUCCCCCCCAUGCCGCUCCCCUCCAUGCCCCUCCCCCUCAUGCCCCUUCCCCUCAUGCCCCUUCCCCACAUGCCCCUUCCCCUCAUGCCCCUUCCCCUCAUGCCCCUUCCCCCCAUGCCCCUGCUUGUCAUGCGCGUGGCCCCCCUGCUCCUGCCCAGCCCGCGCCUCGGCCCCCCUCGUGCCCCCCCGCUGCGCGCGCCCAGCAUCGGCGGCCUGGUGCUUGCGACCCGCCAAGUGCGACUGUAG